AUGAUGAUUGGGUAUAUAAGUAAGGCACUGGCCUAUGAAAAUUAUUUAAUUAGUGCAAAAGACAAGGUGUUAUGUCAGAUUGGUUGUAGUGAUAGGGAUGAAAAUGUUUGUGCCUGGAAUCCCCAUCUGCUAAAUUGUGGAAUUUGUGACAAAGAACUAACAUUCUUAAUGCAGAUAAUAAAAAAUGUAGCAGAAACUACCACUUUAAUUUUUUAUGUCUUCUUUUGCGCUAAUUUCGAAACCAAAUGUGCACUAACAGUCCGAGGCUGGAGGGUGUUAAGGAAUUCCUCCAAUGUUUUCGUUGGUUAUAUGAAAUUCCCGAAACAUCUACCAGCAACAGGCAUUACGUUUAAAAAAAUUGAGCGCGGAACUGGAAAUAAGAUAAAUUCGAGUAGCAAAGAAUAUUUAUUACUUUGUAAAUACAACCAAAGGAACGGCGACGACGACGCUGACGAGUGGGCUGCCGAUGACGGAGACAAGGGGUGGGUUGGAGAGAUGUAUGAACGGGACAAAUAUAAGAAAUUCAUAAAAUUACAGGAUGAAAUAGCCAAGGACCCUAAACAGGUGAUUAGAUGUACUGAUAAACCCCUGUUGAUACACGAACUCCCCCAAUUGCCAAAUUGUCCUGAUUGCAGCUCCCAACUUUGCUUUGCAUUCCAAUUACUUCCAACAUUGGGCUACCAUCUGUCAAAGCGAUACAAUCUCACAGAGUACCAAACUGAUGUUUUGUGUAACAAUCUACUCGUCUUUUCUUGUCCAAAUUUUUGCACAGGCGGAGGUGCAGAUGAAAUAGUCCACGAGUUUACUGUAUUGCAGAUGGAAUUCUAA